AUGAAUGUUAUGCGGGCUCUCUUUGUUGCCGAAAAGAAUGAUGCAGCUAAAGGGAUCGCAGCGAUUUUGUCGAGAGGUACUGCCAUUCGUCGUGAAUCUCACUCGAGAUGGAACAAAAUCUAUCAGUUCAACCGAGGAUGUACUAUUGUUUUAACUAGCGUUGCGGGACAUUUAUUACAACAUAAAUUUCCUGAAACUCAUAAGAAUUGGGUUAAAACGCCGAUGAAAACAUUGUUUGAUGUGCCUUUAGAAAAAUCAGUUAUUCCUGGCAUGGAAAGUAUCAGGCGAACUUUGUACGAAGAGACGAGGCAAUGUGAGGUAUUGGUCAUAUGGACCGACUGCGACCGGGAAGGCGAAGAUAUAGGUGCCGAAAUUGUUAGUGUUUGCCAGGAAGUUAAACCUAACAUAGAUGUUUUUCGAGCCCGCUUCUCUGAAAUAACACAAAGCGCUAUAUGGCGUGCUGUCAACACACUUUCUCGCUUGGAUCAACGUUUGGUUGAUGCCGUUGAGUGUAGAUCAGAGCUUGAUCUUCGCAUUGGAGCCGCUUUUAGUCGACUGCAGACUCUACACUUAAGGUUCUCUUUAAAAGAGGAGAAUUUUGCACCAAUCUUUCAAGAGCACAACGAAGUUGUGAGCUAUGGUUCUUGUCAAUUUCCAACCCUCGGAUUUGUCGUUGAAAGAUAUAAAGCAAUAAAAGAUUUUAUAGAGGAAGAUUUUUGGAAAUUAGAAGUUACUCAUAGAAGAGAUGAAGCCAAUGUUGAAUUUUCUUGGUGUCGGGGGAGACUGUUUGAUAAAAAUGUAGUUUUCCUCGAUAUUUGCGAAGAAGCUUCUGAAGCUCGAAUCAAAUCUGUUACUAGCAAACCAAAAAGCAAGUGGCGUCCUGUUGCGUUGGAUACCAUUGAAUUAGAGAAAUUGUCUGUAAAAAAGCUACGAAUUAGUGCGAAAGAUGCUAUGGCAGUUGCUGAAAAAUUAUAUACAAAGGGCUAUAUAUCAUACCCUCGGACUGAAACCAACAAGUUUCCCUCAGAACUGAAUUUGGAACCUUUUGUCGAACAGCAAAUAGCUAAUGCAGAAUGGGGUGAAUUUGCGCAAGAACUCGCAAAUGUGGGGCUGAACCCGAGGAAUGGAACCAAAACAGAUGAAGCUCAUCCUCCUAUUCAUCCUCUUAAAUUUGCAUCACAUAACAACCUUAUUGGACUGGACUGGGCUAUCUAUGAAUUGGUCGUCCGGCAUUUUCUCGCUUGCUUAUCUCAUGACGCUCGAGGGCGAGAAACAACUGCUGUUCUUACCCUUGGGGAAGAAGAGUUUUCCGCCUCUGGAUUAGUUGUAGAAGAUCUUGGCUACCUUAAAGUGUAUAAAUAUGAUAAAUGGAGUGAUAGAGUCUUACCGGUCUACAGAGAAAACGAAAUUUUGCAUGAUUACAGUGUUAACAUAAAGGAGGGACGUACUCAGCCUCCUUUACUGCUAAACGAAGCGGACCUUAUUGCUUUAAUGGACAAGUAUGGGAUUGGCACUGAUGCAACUCACGCAGAACAUAUCGAAAAAAUUAAAACGCGUCAGUAUGCUACGUUAAACAAAGAAAAUCGCUUUGUGCCAGGAUAUCUAGGUUUAGCCUUAGUAGAGGGUUAUGACAAUAUGGGUUUCGCAAUGAGUAAACCUCACUUACGUGCAGAUUUGGAAUCGCAACUGAAACUUAUUUGUCGUGGUGAAAGAAGUCGAGACCAGGUUUUGCGGGAGCAGAUCUCUAAAUAUAGACGCAUAUUUGAACUGACAGAAGAUAAAAUUGUGAUGAUUUCUAACGCUUUUCGACAAUAUUUGAACAUGCGAGAACAAGAACUGUUGAAUGCAUCUGGAGAUUCAAGAAAUACUUCUAGUACGAGUAGCCGUAGAAAUGGUUCGUUGCCGUCUGGAGGAAUUCAGAAAACUAGGGCACCUAGGAAAAAAUCGUUAGGGAAAGGGGCAGACGGUGGAAGUGCAGUGCCCGCAAUUGAACCUCAGGUGGCAGAGCAAGCUUCAACGAACACCAGUGACAUCGAUCUCUUAGAAAGUAAAACGAAUUUAGUCAUUUAUUUGUAUUUUUGCUUCGGCAACUUUUAG